AGGUGUUGGCAAUAUAGUAUGGUAUGUAUGGUAGCGGUGGUAUGAUGUGAAAUUUAAUUUAAUUUAUAAUUAAAGAAACAAAAAAGAAAAAGAAAGAAAGAAAGAAAGAAAGAAAGAUUGAAGCUUUAUCAUCUUUAUUAUAUUUGGAGUAACAACAUCAAUGUCCACUGUGUAGAAACAUUACAACCUCAUCUUACAAAAAAGAAACAAAAUAAUGGCGCAGACACAAACAUGAUUUUUCUGUUGUCUUCACAACAAGAAUACUAUUUUUGCGCUUCAUUCUUAUGUAACAAAAGCUUCAAUCACUACAACCCCAUUGGAGUUAUUAUACCUUCAUAAUUUCUUGGAUAUGGGGACUCUUGUUGAAACUAAUGAUAUAAGCUCGGAUUUAUACCUUUCAUUGGGGCUUACAGAAUUGGAUAAAGGUGUUGGAGUUCCACGGGUUUUGUCACUUCUUUCCUCACUUCUUGAGAGAUCAGUUCAGAAAAAUGAAAUGCUAUUGGAGACAAAACAUAUAGAAGAUGUUGUUACAGUUUUUCAUGGUUUAAGAGCACCUACUCUGAGUGUUCAUAAGUACAUUGAUCGUAUCUGUAAGUACUCGGGUUGCAGCCCGUCCUGUUUUGUUGUGGCACACAUAUAUAUCGAUAGAUUUCUUCACCAUACGGAGAUCAAAUUGACCUCACUUAAUGUGCACCGGCUUCUCAUAACCAGCAUUAUGCUAGCAGCAAAGUUUAUGGAUGAUGCAUUCUUCAACAAUGCUUACUAUGCUAAAGUUGGAGGAGUAAGCACAUCUGAAUUAAACAGAUUGGAAAUGAGCUUUUUGUUUGGUAUAGAUUUUAGACUUCAAGUUAGUGUAGACACAUUUGGAAGUUAUUGUUUACAAUUGGAGAAAGAAGGUUCAGAAACACUUCAAAUUGAAAGGCCAAUGCAGGCUUGUAGAAUUAAAGAAAGUUGGUCAAACAAAGAAGACCCUUCAUGUGCUUCCACAAUUGCAAGAUGAAACUAUGCAAACACCACACAAUGUAUCAUUGCAGUUCCACAAUUACAUGAAUUGAAAGUAAAAAAAUCGCUACAUACGCCAUUAGUAAUUCAACCAUAUUUUUUAAGGACACUUUUGUGCUUUUUUCUGCUCCCAUUUCUCUGUAGCUUUUUCUGUUUUUUGUUUUUCCCUUGUUUGUAAGUUGUCACUUCAAUCGUGUAACCGAGUAGAGAUUGUGUGAAAUUUUUAUCCCUUACAAUUUUCUUGGGAUUCCUAUAGUA